AACAAUCGUUUUUUUUAUUACAACCACAUUUUAGGAUGGAGGCAAACUUUAUCCUUUGAUAAAUGCUUCCGAGUUUAGAAGUGAUUGUGAUAACGCUGGAUGGUAUAAACAAAUUUAUUAGUUAAAUAGCUUUUUAAAAUGACAGGGCGCUCAAGAAGUAAGAACAUCAAAGCUGGACGACUGAAAACUGAGGAAAACAAGUUCGACAAGCCGGAGUGCCUAACCUUGCACGAUGUCCAGUGCACCGUUUGCAUGGGAAUCUUUGUUGAACCUGUAACCCUGCCUUGCUUCCACACUGUAUGCAAAGUAUGCUUCGAGAAGACGAUUGAUAACAAUACUCUGGCAUGCCCACUAUGUCGGAAAUAUGUCGGCGGAUGGAUCCGACAACGCCAAAAGAACGGCUUAAUGGUAAAUCAACAAUUGUGGAAGUUCAUCCAGCAACAAUUUGGCCAUCAUGUUGAAAAGAAAAUGAAGGGAGAGGAUGACGAAGAGAUUGACAGUCUUGCUGAGUUAAAUAUCCAAGCCCCUAAAAUAAGUGAACCAGGAUUGAUUCGUAGAGAGUAUGAAGCAGAACAGAAGCGUAUUCAAGAAGAAGCUCUAAAACGGCAAGAGGUAGAAGUUCGUGCAAGUGAGCAGCUCAUCAAAGAACUUCAGGAGCGAGAGGAACAAGAAAGAAGGCAUCUGGAAGACCUUAGAAAAAAAGCUGAAGAAGAAGAUGCUUUGAUUGCUCAAAAGAUUGCCGAGCAGCUUGCAGCUGAGGACGCUCGGAAAGAAGCUGAAGAGCAGGAAAAUCUAAGGCGUCUUCUGGAAGAGGAGGAAGCUUCAAGUGCUUUUGUCAGGCUUGCCUCACUUUCAUCGGCUCUUCCUCCCUCUCAACCUCCCAAAAAGGGACCAAUGGAUGUGUUUCUGCAUCAAAACAACUUAGGAAAACCAACACGAACUAAUAGCUCAAGCAGCACUGACAGCUUAAAUGGGGAACUGCACCAUUUCCGGCCUGUACAUUAUGUGGCAACUACACCACCUAAAUCUUCACCAGAUGGCACAGACAGUGAUAAUAGUCAAGUCUGCAAACCCAUUCCAGUUAUGCGUAGUUUAGAUGGGUGGGCUUCUCCUGGGCGUAGCUCUAAUACCCUUCGGCCGUGGCUCAAAGCAGAUCCCAGUUCUGAGCCGAGUACAUCUCAAGGUGAAGCAACUAGUCCUAUUUCCAAGAAAGACAACAAAAGGAGAAGAUCUCCUACUGGCCCUGUUGGCAAGUCACCUAAAAGGGGCAAGAAAGAGUCACCAAAGAAAUUGACAAGGGCACAAACCAUUCAAACAAUUGUCGGCGCUGAGCAAAAGAAUUCACCUGGAAAGCAGCAAAAUGAGGAAGGAGCAUCAGAUUCGGAAACAGAUUGCGAGGGUGAAUUUGAACACCGCAAGGUGGUUGACAGUUCAACAGAGGACAGUCCCAAAAAGUUACCUAAGUCAAAACCUGUUAAUGGACUGUAUAAUAUUGAAGGCACUCUUCUGCCAUUAUCUUUAGAAGACCUUACAGAGAAUGAACAGGUGGAACGACGGUACCGCCAAGAACAAAAGGAUUAUGAGUUUGCUUUACAACUUCAAAAAGAACUUAAUGCUACUGAGAGCCAGAAUAGGACCUAUGAACUAAGGAGCAUUGCGCCUCUUACCCCAAAGAAAAAUCAGUCAAAAAUUGUGACUCCUCGGAGGAAACCAAAGCCAAGGGUAGCUCCUACAACUGCCAAGGAGAAAAGACGACAGUGUACUCUAGAGGAGUCAAUGGGGUUCUCUGUGAAAAUGGAAUUGUAACUAGUAAAUCUUUUAUUAUUGUGGGGAAAGUGAGUUCUCAACCAAGUCAUGUACCUUAUUUACCUGUUAAAAUAAAAUUUAUUAAUUAUGGACCAUUUAUAGUUUAAAAAAUAUUUUUGUGAAUUUGUAAAUUUGAUAGAGAAAACUGUUUAUGCUACUGUAUUCUAGUUUGAUGUUUAUAGUCAUUAAAUACUGUGCUGUAAAUACAUAGUAUUCCUUAAAGUACAAAUGUUACUGUUUAUGAAAGGAAUAUGAUCUGGAUCUGUCAUCUAAGUUUCCUCUGGUUUAUAUCCAAUUUCAGUUACAUUAUCAUAUGAAAUAUAUUGAGAAUUGUUUCUGUGGUUCUCUGAAAUUUGUGAACAUUUUCAAAGUUGAGUAUAUUUUUAAGCAUGCUGUUUUUUUGAAACCGUCAUUGCAUCACAACUUCUUUUGAUCUCCUAUCCAUCUGAAGUUACUGUUUUCCUUUUGAGUAAUUUUUGUUUUCUAAAUGUAGAUAUUCUUCUUUGGAUUUUUGGUUAUAAUCAAAACCAAUGACAAUGCAGUCAAUGCCAGUGCUUCUAAUAUCACCAAAGUAAGAUUGUAACUGUUUUGUUUUACAAAGCUAUUUAAUUUUUAUUGGUUUUGUGUACCCAUGUAGGUACCAAUGUUGGUAGUGCCAUUUUGUGACUUGUUCCAUUUUUUUGAUUGUAUUCACAUUGGUGUACGGGUAGCUUAAAUCAAGCUAAGUUCCAUGUUGAUUUCUAGUUCUCACUUUAAGCUGUCCUUUUUCAAUUUGUAGCAGAAAACAUAGACAGGAUUCAAAAAGAAAACUUCUGUGUAUCUUCAACAAGUAAUUGUACUUUUUUUUUGUGUAUGUCUGCUAACACAUUGGUAUUGCAAUUUUGAGCUGGUCAAAACUUUGCUAUGGAAUAUGUGAAAUAAAGUUGCAGAUUGUA